AUGUUGAUGCGAGCAUGGCAAGCGUCCAAGGGCCGUCCGUUCGUGCGGGUGUCCCGAAGUUUGACUUCCCUGCCCGACCACAUCAAGCAGCGGGUGCAUGUUGAUCCCAUGUCCUCCACGUACGAUCCACUUGCUGUCGAGGACGGAUGGCAGGCGUUUUGGGAAAGCAAACUCGUCGACGCCAAGAAAGCCAACCCCGACGCCCCGCGCUUCACGAUGCUUCUGCCACCGCCCAACAUCACCGGCGCUCUGCAUAUAGGCCAUGCGCUGACCGUGACGAUCCAAGAUGCGCUAGCUCGGUAUCAUCGUAUGUGUGGUCAUGAAGUGCUGUGGAUCCCAGGCCUGGACCACGCCGGCAUCGCCACGCAAAGCGUCGUGGAGAAGCAGCUGUGGAAGGAACACAAGCUCACGCGACACGAUGUCGGCCGCAGUGCAUUUCUAGACCACGUGCAUGGUUGGAACGCUACCUACGGUAGUCGCAUUCUGAACCAAUUGGAGCGACUGGGCGCUCUCUUGAACAAGGACCACACGUUUUUCACGCUCGACGACGCACGGUCGAAGGCCGUGGUGGAUGCAUUCUGCCGCCUGCAUGCAAAAGGGCUGGUGUAUCGGCAUCGGCGUAUGGUCAACUGGUGCCCGACACUGCAAACGGCCAUCUCGGACAUUGAAGUCGACGCCGUGCCACUGACCAAACGCACAAUGCUGCCGCUUCCUGGCCACGCCACGCCAGUGGAAUUUGGUGUCAUGCAUCGGUUCAAGUACAAAGUGGAUCGAUCCGACUCGGUCGUUGCUGACACUGAGUUUGUCCACGUCGACACGACGCGACCGGAAACAAUUCUGGGGGACGUGGCCCUCGCCAUCCACCCAGAUGACGCGCGGUACUUGCAUUUGCACGGCCAGCAUGUCGUCCACCCGUUCACAAACGAGCGGCUGCCCAUCGUUCUGGACGCGCAAUUGGUCGAUCCAACCCUCGGCACUGGCGUCGUCAAGCUCACACCGGCGCACGACGCCAACGACUGGGCGUGUGCGCAGCGUCACAACCUCCCCCACGUCGUCGUCAUGGACAAACUAGCCAAGAUGGUCACGCCCAACGUUCCCGCCUUCCACGGCCUGGAUCGGUUUGACGCUCGCGCCGCGAUGGUCGCCAAACUGCAAGAGCUCGAUCUGUACGUGGAAAAGCUGGACCAUCCGACGUCCGUGUCCAUCUGUUCGCGGUCAGGGAACGUCGUCGAGCCAUAUUUAAUGCCCCAGUGGUUUGUCCAGUGCGACGGCAUGGCCGCGGCGUCCGCACAGGCCGUUCGAAGCAAUGCCUUGGCGUUAGAACCAGCGACGCACCACCACACGUGGUUCCACUACUUGGACAAUAUCCAGGACUGGUGUGUGUCUCGGCAGUUGUGGUGGGGCCACCGCAUCCCCGCCUACCGCGUGCAUUUGGCUGGCCACCAAGCCUCUGACGACAAUGACGAUAACUUGGAGAACGAGCGGUGGGUCGUAGCUCGCAACGAAGUCGAAGCCCGGCAGUUGGCCUUGGAAACGUACGGCGACCAUCCGCUGCUGACGCUGGAACAAGACCAAGACGUGCUGGACACGUGGUUCAGCUCGGCGUUGCUGCCGCUGUCGGCGCUGGAAUGGCCGACCGAUGACACUGUUCCUGAAACUAUCCAACACGUGUACCCGUUGAGCGUCAUGGAGACUGGAGCCGACAUCUUGUUCUUCUGGGUCGCGCGCAUGAGUAUGCUGUGUACGGCGUUGAGUGGACGCCAGCCGUUUGAUAAAGUAUGGUUGCAUCCCAUGGUGCGUGACAAAAGCGGUCGAAAGAUGUCGAAGAGUCUCGGCAAUGUCAUCGAUCCACUGCACGUGAUUGCCGGCAUCGACCUCCCAACCCUCGUCCAAGGCCUCCACCAAGGCAACCUCGACCCGAAGGAGCUCGUGCGUGCGGAAAAGGACUUGAAGCGCGAGUUUCCGUCUGGGAUUCCCAGCUGCGGCACGGACGCGUUGCGGCUCACGCUCUCCACGUACUUGGCGCAAGGACGCCAAAUCAACAUGGAUUUGCAGCGGGUGGUGGCAUCGCGGCACUUUUGCAAUAAAAUGUGGAACGCAUUUCGGUAUGCGUUGCCGCUGCUGCCAGCUCCUCAUCACUCUGGGCGGCAUGGGGGGGGGUCUACGUUGGAGGACCUGCGUCCGCACAUGGGGCUUGCCGAGCGCUGGAUUCUCAGUCGCAUGGCGGACGCCGUGAGUAAAUCGCACGAGGGAUUUGAGUCGUUUCGACUGGCACAAAGCGCCGGCGCUGCCCAGCGCUUCUUCUUGCAAGACCUGUGCGACGUGUACAUUGAAUUCUCCAAGCCCGUCUUGUACACUGCCAAGAACAACCAUGAUGACGGUGGUGGUGGGGAUGGUGAUGAUUUGGUGGUGGCGGCAGCGGAUAGAGGCGACGCGGCCCGUCGACAGGAAAGCGCGCAAGCCACUCUGCGACAGUGUUUGGACACGUCCGUGCGGCUCUUGCAUCCGUUCAUGCCGUUCGUGACGGAAGAGCUGUGGCAACGUUUGACGUGGUCCGCCGAUGGUACGACUACUGGCGGCGACUCGCUGACUCUGGCGGCGUUCCCGUGCAAGCAAGACGUGGCCACAUGGCGGGAUGUAGAUGCUGAAGAAAGCAUGCAGGCGGUGUUGGACGUCAUGCACGCCAUGCGAUCCCUCAAGCACACUCGAAAGACGCUUGUGCCAGACCAUGACGACAGCAUGGACACUGGACACUUGACCGUGCACUGUACCGACCCGACGCUCACGGCCCUCCUCGAACGCAACAUGGCGGACAUUCGCACGCAAUGCCGAAGUGGCGUCCACUUGGUGUCGGCGGCGCCGUCGGACGGCACGUACCUGUCUCAGUCGAUUUCGACCUCUUGUCAAGUGUGGAUGCCACUGCGCGCGACGGCCAACACGUCGGAACGCCUGGACGCAGAGCUCAGUCGACUCAUGAAGCGGUUGGCCAAGGCGGAAAAGACCAAGGCGAGUCUUGAUGCAAAGGUAGCCGACCCACUCUACACGACCCGCGUGCCCGUCGAAAUCCAAGCGCAGGACGCCGAGCGCAUCCAAGAUGCCGCCGUGGAGAUUGCGACCUUGACCGACAGCACGACCACGUUAUGCACGUUGAAAGUGCAAUUAACCACCAAAUCCACGUAGGGACGGACAAAAAUGACUAUUUUUCAACUAUGGGCGUAUAUAUUAUAUAUACUCUUAAUAGUAAGUAGUACAUAUAUGAAUG